UAAUAUUUGAUCAUAAUUUUGAUUAUAUUGCGAUAAAUAAUCAUUCAGAGAAGAUAAGAAACCUUCCAAGAUAUGACUAGGUGACCUAUAUAUGCCGGUUAGAUUAAAUUGUGAAUUACCUUUAUUUAUAGUUAAUUCAAUAGAGUUACAGUUAGAUAUAAUUAUAAUAUUCGUGUGUAAUUCUUAAAGUGAAUUUUCCAUUUGUUUUAAAAAAAAUAUUGCAUGGCACAGUUGUGGGCAACUGGCGGCCCUCGAGCCUUUUUCAUUUGGCCCACCCUACAUUUUCAAAUUGCAUUAGGUAUAGGUAUACAAGUCGAUUUUGCCGUGUUGUCAUUAGAAGCCACACAUCCUAAAAACUCUCACCAAACUGCAAAUAACUAUUUAUAUUUAAAUAUUUAAUUAAAUUAUUUUCAAUAACGUUUUUUGUAUUACCUAUUUCAUUAUAAACAAAAUAAAUGCUAAUUGAUCGAAUAAACUUAGCCCUUAAAGACCUUAAAAAUAUUUUAACCAAUCUAUCACUUGAAAUCGCCCCUGAAAAAUGCAAGUCCGUCAUCUUUACCAGGCGAAGAUACGCCGACCAUUCAAAUACUUUUUUAGACGAAUACACCAUUCCCUUUGCCCCUAAUGUCACCUACCUCGGCCUCACCCUGGAUCCUAAACUUCGUUGGCAACCUCAUCUAUUAUCUCUUUCUGCCUUUACCUCUCGUUGGUCUAAUUUUCUCAAGUCUGUUUCUAACACAUGGUGGGGUUCUUAUCCCAAAUGUCUAUUAUCCAUAUAUAGGUCAAUAAUUCGCUCCAAACUGGAUUACGGCUGUUUCCUUUUCGGUUCGGCCUCUUUCACCAAUUGGAAUAAAAUAAACAAACUUCAAAUUGCAUGUCUUAGAAUAAUUAUGGGUUACGUUAGAUCCACCCCUGGACCAGCUAUUGAAGUUGAGUCCACUUGCCCCCUUUUUAACAUCAGAUGCCGAUGGCUGGCUGGAAAAUUUAUCCUCAAAUCACUAGCCCAAUCCAAUCAAUUUAUAUUCGAUACUUACUAUUCUCUUUCCUUAAAUUGGAGAUAUACACCAAAAUCAAUGCUGGUUCUCUCAAUCGCAGCUAACUCUCUUUCCAAUUUUCAUCAAUAUAUUAUUAAAUCAAAUAAACCUCAAAUCUACGAGCAGUCUUAUGAAUCCCUCCUAUUCACUCCUCUUGUUCACAUUGAUGGUCAAUUCACUAAUCUGUCUUCUCACCAGCUUAAACAAAUGUCUAACUCCGUGGUCAAUAAUAUCCUUUCCAAUCACCUCAAUAUUCUGUUUCCUAACACUUUGGUUAUUUACACUGACGGAUCAGUCUCCCGGUUAUCAGCUGGAUACUCAUUCUAUAUACCCGAGUUGCAUGUCUCUUUCGCUAAUAACCUCCCUCCUACAUCAUCUCUCUUUACUGCAUAGUGUUAUGCAAUCUAUUAAGCCCUUUUAUUUAUUUCAAAUACAGAUCCGGGUAACUACUUAAUAGCUACUGACUCUUUGUCUUGUUUACAAGCCCUAGUUUCCAACCCCUUUAACUCCAAACUAUCCCCUCUUGUUUUUCGCAUUAAGUCUUUUAUAUACUACCUUAAUAAUUCUCAUCGCUCUAUUCAAUUUUUGUGGAUUCCCAGCCACAUUGGCAUACUUUGCAACGAAGUGGCCGACCGGCUAGCCAAAUCCACUGCCAUCACAAUCCUACCUUCCCCAGCUCAAUUACCUUGGACUGAUUUCUCCCCCCUUUUACGCCGUCACAUCCUCAGUCUUUGGUCUACCUAAUGGAAUAAUUUACCCGUUGGUUUUGCUUCCAAAUAUAAAAAUACUGCUCCUAUAAUCUCAAACAACAAAACUUGGUUUAACAACCUGAACCUACCUAGAACAACAAUUGUACGUUUUAACCGCCUCCGCGUGGGCCACUCUCUCUUACCAGACCACGCCUAUAAACUUGGUCUAAAUGACUCUCCCAUGUGCACUCUGCAUACCACUGA